AUGACUGAGAGCUCCGUCUUUUUCGUGGUCGCGAUGCUAUUGACGUUGCUGAACCUACUAUGGAUCGGGAUCAGCACGGAGCUUGGCGAGUUCAACCAGAGUUUGUGGAAUCGGGGCACAGAGUCCAUUAUAAUCGAGCAUAUCUUCACGCUUUACAGUAUUGUCGAGAUCGUGCUCCAAAUCAUGAGCAUGAAGCACAGGUCAAAGUGCAUUUUCAGCCCCUGGUUCCGCCUUGACGCAGCGUGCACUGUUGCAAUCGUGCUGGAGGUUCUCGUGGCCCCCCACGUGCCAGCCGCCGCAGGUUCCCUGCUCGCCUACCAGUUGCUGCGACUGACGCGGCUGGCGUGGCUGCUCAAGUUGACGCGCGCAAGGCGGGCCGUGGGGACUAUUCUGAACGGGAUGGCCAGUGGCAUGCGCUCGGCGGCUGACGUCUGGAUCCUUAUCGCCGUCCUCCUGUGCACCUGUGGCGUGCUACUCACCGCCACCAGCCAUCGCAGCGAGCAUCUGAGGGAGCGGUACUUCGGGUCUGUAGGUCACACGAUCUUGUCGCUGCUUUCCCACGGCGUUGCCAUGGACGGUCUUAGUGAAUUAUUCGACGACUUGCGUGCUCAUCACGCGAUCUUCGAAGCGUCGGUGUUUGCCGCGCUCGUGUUCCUGACCUAUUUCGGGCUGUUGAACAUGCUUGUUGGUGUUUUUUGUAACGUCGCCAUUGAAACAAGGCUGCACGAUAAGGACAUAGAGGAGAUUGCUUACCUCGAGCGCCAUCUUGAGGGGGUCGUCAAGUGUUAUAUGGAUGACAACGGUGACCGGCAGAUCAAUGGUGAUACGUUCCAGCUGAUCAUGCAGAACGCCGACGUGCUAGAAACUCUUCGAGCGUGUGGGACCGACGUCGACGGGCUCUUGAUGUUGACCGAGGUCUUGUUUCCUACUGAAGACUCCGCGAUUACAUAUCAAGAUUUUUUCUCUGUCAUCGUGCGCCUCCGUAAGGGAAAGCCCGUGAGCAUGUCUGAGGUCAUCGGGCUACAGGAGUUCAUGAAAGCGAAGAUGGAUCAGCUCGAUGAGAGUAUUCGAGACGGAAUGCAAUUGGAGAGCAGAGAGGCGUCAAGGGUUGGCAGCGUCGUUGACGCAGAUAGAGUGCGUCGCAGGGUCACGCGGUUGCCCGCAGAGGUACGCCCCGAGGAUCGAAUGUCUGUGAUGAUUCCUGUUCGAGAAAGCGCGAAUUCUUCGAAAUCUCCACAAUCUCCAUCGCUACUCAAGCCUCAGUCCCAGGCAGACAAGAUACGCAAGAAUUGGAUCAGCAACUUGGGGGAUUCUCGGCAGCGCUCCUUCUGA